AUGGAGGUAUCAGUCACUCGCUCCUGCUCUUCGCAAACACUAAAAGCAAACAACAGCAUCAUGAACUCCCGCGUAUUCUUGGGUCUCCUCCUGUGCGGUCUCUGGGCCUCAUCUGAGUCCGUCGUCCUCUUGGGAACCACCGCCACCCUCGGCACUGUCGCCGCCACCACAGUUACCGCCUCUGCGGCGACCGCUUUGGGCGUGGGCGCGCUGGCGGUGCUGAAGGGAGCUCUUAUCGGGAAGCAUCUUGCGCGCAGAAACAAGAGGGAUGUCGACUCUGAGGCUGACGAGGCAGUGGAGGUUGCCGUGGCCCAGCAAAUGGAUUCAGCUGGCUGCGUGGCCAAGCUCUUGUGCGAAAUCGAGGCCAUGUCCGCUGACCAGCUGACUCCUGCCAUGACCUCCUUCAAGACUGCUUUCGAGAACAACGAGAACCUCAAGAGCGCCCGAGGCGUGUACGAUCUGGCCAUCAGCUUCGGCUCCAAGUUCGCCAAGAAGGACUCGAAGGCCUGCAGCGCCCUCUUCGAGAAGUGCGUCCUGUCCAGGGAGGACCUCUCCUUCAUGCUGGAUUCCGUCUUCACUUGCUAGUCAUAAAUAUUAUUUGCAAAGGUUGCGAUAUGCACACGCGUUGUCAAAAGACAACGCGUAUGAUUUUAUGCAUGUUUUUUUCUGUUUUACCUUAAAAUAAAUAGAACAAUAA